GAUUACCGAAUACGAGAGCUCGAAGUCCAUUGAAAACAUGAACUUCGUGUGAUGUUGUUGUUGAUCACGCUUUGCAUUCUUUUCUCUCGCCUGAAACCAUGACAUCUGUGGCCUUUUCUACCCCUGCUCGUUCACUCCUGCACCAUCUACGCCGGGGUGCAGCCUCAGUCAAACCCCGCCAGCAUGCUGGACCGACACAAUUUGUGAGAUACUACUAUGAAAGUGGAAAACCUGCAGCUGGGAGUCAGGCAGCAUCUGCGCGAACGGUCGAUUUGCGGAGCGAUACGGUGACGAAGCCAGGACCGCUGAUGAGACAACUAAUGGCCGAGGCUGAGGUUGGGGACGAUGUGUUUGGAGAGGACCCUUCUGUGAACGAGCUCCAGCGACAGGCAGCGGAGCUCUUUGGCAUGGAGGCAGCCCUCUUCUGCCCCACAGGAACCAUGAGCAACCUCAUCGCAGUCAUGGUCCACUGUCGGGAGAGGGGCGAUGAGAUGAUUGUGGGCGACCUGUCUCACGUGCACAUCUACGAGCAGGGCAACUGUGCACAGCUGGCCGGCGUCCACUCCACCACCGUGAACACCUUCGCCAACGGCACCUUCGACCUGGACCAGGUGGAGUCCAAGAUUCGUCACGGCUAUCCAGACGCCCACUACCCACGAUCCCGCCUGGUGUGCGUGGAGAACACCCACAACAUCCAGGGAGGACGCGUGCUGCCACUGGCCUUCCUGAAGGAGUUGCGGACGCUAACAGACCAGUACGGGCUGAAGGUGCACAUGGACGGGGCGCGCGUGAUGAACGCGGCGGUGGCCCUCGGCGUGCCGCCCGCUACCAUCCUGCAGCACUGUGACACUGUCAGCGUAUGCUUGUCCAAAGGUCUCGGGGCGCCGGUUGGUACCAUGCUGGGCGGCUCCAGGGAGUUUGUGGCGCGUGCGGUGCGUGCCCGCAAGGCGCUGGGCGGGGGCAUGAGGCAGGCGGGCAUCUUGGCUGCCGCGGGGAAGCGGGCGCUGUCAGACAUGGUGGGCAGACUCCAGGAGGACCAUCGCAACGCCAAGAGCUUCGCACAAGCUCUUCUGCAGUGUGACCCGCCUGUCUACGAGGUGGACCUGGACGCCGUGGAAACCAACAUACUGAAGUUCCGCUUGCGGGCCGGAGCUGGCUUGAGUCCGGCAGGGCUGUGCGAGCGAGCCGCCAACGUGUCAGAGGGGGAGGAGCGGGCCCUAGGGGGGAGUGGGGUGCGCGUGCUCAUGUUCCCCCACGUGGGGGGCUCGGUGCGCGCCGUGUGGCACGUGGACAUCUCUGAGGAGGACACCAGGCUUGCCGCGGUCAAGAUGCAGCUGGUGGCACAGGAGCUGGUCAGAGAAAAGACUCGUGCCCAGUGAUGAUAACCAUGAUAACACCUACACUGCCCUACAAAAGCAAAGUGCAGUAUCCACGCCAACAUUGAAACUCUGAGAAAAAAGCCUUCAAAGCCCCUUGGCAUUAGGUUGGAUUUUCUAGUUAUUGCAAGUUUGACAUAGCAAUACGUUUAAAAUGGGACACAUUUGGAUCAUAAGGUUUUGUCACAAGACAAAAGAGGUGUUAUUUUCAGUCUAAACUCAACCUUGAAAAAAAUAUGUAAAAUAUGAAAAAGUUACUGUACUUUGCCUUUGUAGGGUGGCACAGUACUCACCGCUGAAACUAAAGCAUGAACUGAACAGGACAGAACUAACGACGUUGAAGAAGAGA